AUGUCGUACGAAAGCAGCAGCAACAACGCAGCAGAAGCAAGUGGCACCGUUAGCUACGCACUCUAUUUGCAUCGCCUAGAGCUGCAACGCCCAAAUCGGCGCCUCAUGUGUGUGGCCAACACCAAACUGCAGUUGACAAAUGAGCUCAUCUCGCAAACGCACAGGCAAUGGAUGGCUGGAAGGAUGCUCUGCAGCUAUCAGGAACGCAGCGCACUAAAUCGCGAGCUUCAAUACAGAGACAUAUUGAGGCGCAACAUGGUGUCGCAUCUGGAAAGGCAGCAACAAAGCAGACGCGAACGUUUUCAAAUGAAGGCCCAUCAGGAAGACGAGUGGCAUUGGCCUGACCCGUCCUCGCACAUCUAA